CACGUCGUCUGCAACUCGACUCCUUUUACGCCAGACUGCAUCGGAUCCUUUCAUUUCCCCUUGCCACAACCACUACACCAUCUCGGCCACGCAUCCUCCUCGACUUCUCCCUUCUCAUCUAUACAUCGCGACUCCCAUGCGCGACGGCCUUCCCCCCUAACGACUGUCCCUCUCGUUGCCGCGCCGUCUCCUCUCUAUCCUGGACGGAUCCCGCGCUCAUGAGAAGAACAUCCGUCUCGCUACCAACAAAGCUAGUAGCCCAGGAUCCGCACGAGAAACCCGACCGCUACAAGUUCAUUCCCAAGAAGAUGAAGGACUCCGUCAUGACGCAGGCGCAGAAGUCGCGGUGGAUUAAGACGGCCACCAUCGUCCUCGUCCUCGUCACCCUCUUCUACUUCAUGUCCCCCAGGGGAGUCGAGAUCUACAAAGAAGUCUCGCACCCCACCAGCGGCGGCGGCGAUGGCCAGACUCCUUCGGACGACACCUACGGCACCAAGUUCUGCACCAAGUCGUUCUCCAAGGACAAGCCCAUUGUCCAGUACGUCCUGAUGAUCGACGCCGGCAGCACUGGCUCUCGUAUCCACGUCUACAAGUUCAACAACUGCGGCCCCACCCCCCAGCUCGAGGGCGAGGAGUUCAAGAUGACCGAGAAGUCUGUCGGCGGCCUCAGCGCCUUUAAGAAUGACCCCGUGGGCGCCGCCAAGAGUCUCGAUCCCCUCCUGAAGGUCGCCAUGGAUACCGUCCCCGAGAAACUCAAGCGCUGCACCCCCGUUGCCGUCAAGGCCACCGCCGGUCUGCGAAUGAUUGGUCCUGAACUGGCCGACGCCAUCCUCGCCGAAGUCCGACGCCAUCUCCACGAGGAUUACCCGUUCCCUGUUGUCGACAGCGAGAAGGAGGGCGUUGCCAUCAUGGACGGUUCCAUGGAAGGUGUCUAUGCCUGGAUUACUACCAACUACCUCCUCGGCAAGAUUGGCGGUCCCGAUUCUACUGACUCGGUCGCUGUUUUCGACCUUGGUGGUGGCUCAACUCAAAUUGUUUUCGAGCCCAACUUCAAGGUUGCUGCGGAUGGUGGCAUUCCCGAGAAGCUUGCCGACGGUGACCACAAGUAUGAGCUGGACUUUGGUGGCCGCAAGUUUGAUCUGUACCAGCACUCUCACCUGGGUUUCGGAUUGAUGGCCGCCCGCGAAGCCAUCCACACGGCCCUGAUCACCGAUGUUAGCGAGGCCAAUGGCGCCGACAAGUCGUGGAUGAAGAAGUCCGUCGUCCACCCCUGCGUCGCUCCUGGAAUGACCAAGGAAAUCGAGGUCAAGAUCAGUGAGACCGAGAAGGCUACUUUCAACUUCACCGGUCCCCUGGAGCCUGCUCCCGCUCAGUGCCGCAACCUUGCUGAGAAGAUUCUGGUCAAGGAGAAGGAGUGCAAGCUCGCGCCCUGCUCCUUCAACGGUGUUCACCAGCCGUCGCUGGCCAAGACCUUUGCCCAGGAGGAUGUCUACAUCUUCUCCUACUUCUAUGACCGCACUAAGCCCCUUGGCAUGCCCGACUCCUUUACCCUCCGCGAGAUGCACGAUCUCGCCCACACUGUGUGCAUGGGCAAGUCCGCCUGGGACAUUUUCAGCACCGUUCCCGGCGCCAUGGAGGAGCUUUUGGACCGACCUGAGCACUGCUUGGAUCUCAACUUCAUGAUGGCUCUCCUGCACACUGGUUAUGACAUGCCCAUUGACCGGGAAGUCAAGGUUGCCAAGAAGAUCAACAACAACGAGCUUGGUUGGUGCUUGGGUGCUAGCUUGCCCCUCCUUGAGGCCGGUUCCGGCUGGCAAUGUAAGAUUAGCGAGGUUUCUUAGACGGACCUCUAGCAUGACGGCGUUGAGGAAAUUAUGUAACGCAUUUGUUUUACUGCGGCGACUUUACUUGGGAAAGUCGAACGACAUGUAUGUUGGGAACACGGCAAAAGGGAGACGAACACGCAUGGUUUGUCUGGCAUGAUGGAAUGACCUGGACUGGGUUACGAGUCGGCUCAUUGAGCAUCAGGGGUCAUGAGUUUUGUUCGCAAGGUGUAGAAUUAUAGACUACCUAAUACACGGGUGGCACGGCCUAGAGC